ACGCCUUCAACCACCUCAAACGGUUGCAUUCGCUUGGGCAGGCUCGGAGCUGCUGGAGCCUUGGACACCUUCCCACUUCGGUUUGCGAAAGCUUCAUACGGACAGAAUGGCGUCCUCCGACGACGACGCCGACGACUGGAGAGACCUCGUGCACUACCAGGGCAUAGAGGACCUUCCCAAAGGCGCGCAAUCAGGCGCCUUCAUUCAGUCCCAGAGAGGACAAAUCCAAACAACCCUUCGGGCGGCCAUCGAUGACCUCCACUCCCACUUCCCGUCGGACCUUCCCUCCGUCAAGCCCAUCCGAGACCCGGACGCCAUGGGUCCGUUAGUCUCUGACCUCAUUCACGCCUUCCCUGACUCCCUAAUCCCCUCUAUCCGCGUCCCCGCCGGUAUCGCCGAAUUCUGGCUCCUCACCGGCGAAACCGAGCCGACUUCCACCGCCUCCUUCGGCCUGCCCACCAUCCCCGCCGACGCAGACCUUUUGCACCCCAAAGUCCCCGGCCUGGCGCGAAUCUCCCUCGACUACGAUGAAGAGGUCGACGGGCCGUAUGCCGAGAAAGUAGGGUUUUGGGUCGCGUGUAUCGCGCCAUUGUCUGACGGGUCGGUUAGGAAGCGGAGGAAAAGCUCACAAGCGGAGACGGAGUUUGGAAAGAUCUAUUUUGGGGAUGUGAGUGGGAAGGAGGGCAUCAAGCCAGUAGCAGAGUCGUUUGAGGAGUUUGUGUCUCUGUGGACGGAGUUCAUGGUUGAGUGUGAGUGGAACGAGGCUGCGACGGAUGCGGAUCGGCAUGAUUUGCUUGGCGAGUUCUAUGGUAGUUUCAACGAGGACUAGAUAGUGAUAGUCGGGAGAGUCAGCUGCCACGAGGGAGGGGGGAGAGGACAUCAUUUCCCUCCAUACCAGCUUCGACCUUUUGUAUUAUGUAUAUGUCUCCGUAGUCGGAAAGGUUCAGAUAAUCAGUAUUUCAUGCCUUAACAUUUUCAUUGCUUGCUUGUUUACCGCUGAUAUAUCGCUGCAGGAGGGAC